AUGGCUUGUACGAAGACUAAACGUCGUGCUCGUAAUCGCACUCAGCGAUUCACUUCCAAUGUUUUCUCUAUGUUCAAUGAAGCUCAAAUCAGCGAAUUCAAGGAAGCAUUCCUAAUGAUUGAUUCCACCAAAGAUGGCGUGAUUGACAAGCAUGACCUGGAGGAUAUUUUCAUUUCAUUGGGGAAAUCACCAGACGAUGAUUAUUUGAAUGACAUGCUUUCUCAGGCACCUGGUCAGAUUAACUUCACAAUGUUCUUAACAUUAUUUGGUGAAAAGAUGAUGGGAUGUGAUCCGGAGCAGACGAUAUUGAACGCAUUUGCUUGUUUCGAUCCUGAAGGGACAGGCGUAAUAAGUGAGAAUCGUUUACGUGAAUUAAUGACAACAAUGGGUGAUCGAUGGUCGAAUGAAAAAGUUGAUGAAUUAUUUCACGGUGCACCUAUACAUGAUGGAAAUUUUGACUAUAAAGAAUUUACACGAAUGAUAAUGCAUGGCAAAGAAGAAGAGGAAGAAGAAGAAGGAGGAGGAGGUAAAGGGUUGUUGGCUUUCUCGACGUUGGAAACAGUUCUCGAACAACCAGUUUAGUUUAGUCGAAUAUGAAUGUCAGCGCGACAGUUGUCCUGAAAGCAAUGCAGUUUGCCAGACCACACAAAACUUCGUCACCAACUUCUCAUCCCACACCACCUUGUCGCACCUCAAACAUCUAUCGUCCCAGUUACUCACAUUACACCAGUCGACGCCCGAAGAUGGAACCUGCAUCAGCCUCCUAGCAUUAUGUUGCUUGUCACAUCAUCGAAUGUUUUCAGUAUAAGCAACACCGACGCCAAGAC